UCAAAGAUAUUGAAUUACAAUACAUAUAUUUCAGGUCGAGGGAAUUCCGAAGUUUGUAGCGAGUUUAACUUCUCUUGUGACCCCGAGGCUGCUAGGAUCGUCUUAACACAACUAGGGUGUCCCAUCACUGUGGUCGGCAUGGAAGUCUGCUAUGACAACGCUAUCGCCUGGGGAGAUUAUGAUUCAUUACGGAAGACGCCCUCUAAAAUUAACAAUUUCCUGAAACGUAUAGAAAAGAAGCCUUUUGAAAAAUAUAGAACUAAUCAAAUAGAAUGGCCUCGAUACAUACCAUGUGACGAAUUCGCAAUGGCUGUGGUAAUUGACGAAUCGGCAAUCGUAAAAGAAUCUAAGGAAGUGUUUGCAACAGUAGAAGUGAAAGGUGAAUACACGUACGGAAUGAUGGUGGUCGACUGGUCAAAGAUUUUAAAGAGGUCAAAUAAUGUGAGAAUUAUAACUAAAGUUGACAACAAAGAAUUCCUGAAAAUGUUGUACCGACCUGUCAAUUGGAAGUAACAAUUGGUAUUGAGAAUGUUGUAAUUACCACAAGAAUAAAUUCCCUUUUUCAACAAGUUUUGGUAAUAUCGAAAAUUCAGAAUAAAUGGUUAUUCAAUAAAAGUAUAUAA